UAAAAGCCGUUCCUUACCUGAGAGAGUCAUUAUAGUCUAAGACACCACUGCAGAUAUGAACUCGUUUUUACCUCUCCUUCUCGCGGCCGGGCUGGUCUGUGUAUACGGAGCCAGCCUCGAUCGUGCGUUAUGUGGCCCAAUAUGUAUGAUGUACUGUCAAUACGGCAACGUGGAGGACGAUGACGGAUGUCCCAUAUGCCAAUGUAAACCCAAUCCCGAUAGCUUAGUUGUAAGAGAGAUACAACCACAACAAGGCUGUCCUGCUGUGAUGUGUAUGAUCUACUGUCCCAAUGGUCACCUGUUAGGGUCGGACGGAUGUCCCCAGUGUGCAUGUGUCUAAAACGACAUUGACCGAUUUCAUGUCUUUAGUGAAACUGUUGACUUGAUAUAAACUUUGCGCAGUUUG